AUGCCUAGGGUGCCGUUCCCCAGCUCUGGGUCAGACAUCAACGAGGCAAUACUAAAAGCAUUAGCGCGCUGGGAAAGAGGAUUGUUGACAUCCAUAUACAAAACCCCUAAUCUCCCACUCACAUCCCCUUCAAUCCACCCGUUCUUCUUCUUUUUCUUCUUCUUCUUCUUACUCACUCACUUUCGGACACACCCUUUUCAUUUACGUUUUUAUGCUAGUUUUGCCUUUUUUUCUUCGGCGUCCAUCAACUUACCAUCAUGCAAAGAACCAAUCCACCGUUUCAGUCAAGUUUACAGUUCUUGGUCUGGUUCGCCAUGUAUAUCACUAUUUAUUUUCGUUUUAAUUCUUUGCGUUUGUUUUUUCUUUCUCCUCACACUUUUCCUUCUUCUUCUCUCUUUUUAUUCUUCCUCUCUCGCUUUUUCUCCUUCCUCUUUCUUUUUCUUCUUUCUCUCUUUUUCUUAUUCAUCUCUUUUUCCUUUCUCUCUCUUUUUAUUCUUCCUCUCUCUUUUUUCUUCUUCCUCUCUCUUUUUAUUCUUCCUCUCUUUCUUUUUCUCCUUCCUCUUUCUUUUUCUACUUUCUUUUUUUUCUUAUUCCUCUAUCUUUUUCCUUUCUCUCUCUUUUUAUUUUUCCUCUCUCUUUUCCUUCUCUCUCUCUCUUUCUUUUUGUUGUUUCUGUUCUUCUUUCUUUUUCUUCUUCCUCUCACUUUUUCUUCUUCCUCUUCUCUCUUUUUUCUUCCUCUUCUCUCUUUUUCUUCUUCAUCUCAUUUUCCCAAUCUUUUUCUUCUUCCUUCUCUCUCUUUUUUUCCUCCUCUCUCGUUUUCUUCCUCCUUCCUCUUUUACUUCUUCCUUUCUUUCUUCUUCUUCUUCUUCUUCUUCUUCUUCUUCUUCUUCUUCUCUCUUUUUCUUCUUCCUCCUCACUCUUUUUCUUCUUUCCCCCCUUACCGAAAGCAUCAUUUCUUUCUCAUCUCUCUCUCUCUCUCUCUCUCUCUCUCUCUCUCUCUCUCUCUCUCUCUCAUGA